AACCGCGCUAGCCCCGCCCCUGAGAGAGGGACUGGGUGUCAAAUGUUCCCUCUGCCCGUCUUCGAUACCCGGGGACCCAUUUUACUUAACUGCCAUUUUUCCUCACAUUUGACCUCUCUAAAACUUUAAAUUGAUAUAACAUCUUCCACAGUUUCACUCCUCCACAUCUACUGGGCAACUUUCAAACCACAAGCCAUGCUACUUCCCUCGUCACUACUACUCGUCCUUGGCCUCCUCCCUUGGAGUCCCAGUGCAUCAUGGGCUGCUAAAGUGAUCGUGGUUCCACCCAUCAUGUUUGAAUCACACUUGUAUAUCUUCAAGACGCUGGCCGAGGCUCUACACCAGGAGGGCCAUGAGACCCAUUUUUUAAUUUCAGAGGGUCGUGGUGUACCCCCUUCCCCUAACUUCCACUUACAGCGCUACCCAGGGAUCUUUAACAGCACCACAGCUGACAAUUUCCUUCAGUCCAAAGUCAGCAACAUUUUCUCAGGCAGACUAACAUUUCUUGAACUUUUUGACAUCCUUGACCACUACUCCCAGAACUGUGAUGCUGUGGUUGGCAGUGUUGAGGUAAUGACCCGCCUCAAGGAGGCCAAGUUUGACCUGCUGCUGGUGGACCCUAAUGAGAUGUGUGGUUUUGUGAUUGCUCAUAUCCUGGGUGUGAAAUAUGCGGUGUUCAGCACAGGCCUCUGGUACCCCGCGGAGGCAGGUGCCCCAGCCCCCCUUUCAUAUGUUCCCGAAUUCAACUCAUUGUUGACAGACCGCAUGUCUCUGCCCCAGAGGAUCGCCAACACAGCUGUUUACCUGGUGCAGCGCUUUGGAGUCCGUUAUAUUGCAUUACCCAAGUAUGACCGGAUUAUGAAGAAACAUGGAGUGACGCCUCAAGUGGCCAUGUCUGACCUGGUGCAGGGCAGCCGGCUGUGGAUGCUGUGCACCGACAUGGCUCUGGAGUUCCCCAGGCCCACCCUCCCUCACGUGGUGUACAUAGGAGGCAUCCUCACCAAGCCCCCCAACCCACUGCCACAGGAUUUUGAGGCGUGGGUGAAUGACACAGCGGAGCAUGGCUUUGUGGUCGUUUCGUUUGGAGCUGGGGUCAAGUACCUUUCCCAUGACAUAGCUCACAAACUGGCAGGAGCCCUCGCCAGGCUUCCCCAGCGUGUCGUCUGGAGAUUCUCUGGAGUUCCACCCAGUAACCUUGGCAAUAACACCAAGCUUGUUGAUUGGAUGCCUCAGAAUGACCUAUUAGGCCACGCUAACACAAAGGCCUUCCUGAGUCACGGUGGUCUGAACAGCAUCUACGAGGCCAUGUAUCACGGGGUGCCGGUGGUAGGUGUGCCCCUGUUUGGAGACCACUAUGACACCAUGACUCGUGUGGCAGCUAAAGGUAUGGGUAUCAUGCUACACUGGAAGUACAUGACCGAGGAAGACCUUUAUACAGCCCUGAACAGCGUCAUCAAAGACAGCAGGUACCGCCAGCAAGCACAAACUCUUUCCAACAUUCACAAAGACCAGCCAGGCCAUCCAGUGACCAGGGCCGUCUACUGGAUCAGCUACAUCCUGCGUCACAACGGUGCCAACCACCUUCGCUCCGCUGUGUACGACGUGUCCCCCUACCAGUACUUCCUGCUGGAUGUGAUUUUCACUGUAGGAGCGGCCCUGGCUCUGUUUGUCUUUGCACUGCGACGGUUGGUACGAAUGCUGAGGGGGAAGACCGAUGACAAGAGAAGAGGAAAUGGCGUCUCCAACGAUGACGGUAACAUGGCCAACGGACAUUGUCAUAGCGAGAGCCUGGCCAAUGGGAAGCAAAAACGCAAUGGCUCCUUGAAAAACGAGAAGAAGAUUAACUAAUGUUUCAAAUGGCCAAGAAGGACGAGGAGGAAGUUGCCCCAAGGACUCAGCUCUAGGUUUUGUUAAGUGAUUUUAUAAAAGCUUUGAAGGAAAGAGUUUCUUAGUUCUGUGUCGAAUGGCAACUGCUACUCAAAGCGUGAAAGAGGCUGUAGGAGGAUACACAAUGCAUCGGGUGCUCAAAAUCUGUGUUUGUGUGUUUGUAUGUGUAUGUGUGCACUGAGGCAAAUGUAACAAAAACUCUUAACAAAAGCAGCUACAGCAAUACAACACCAAAUAGGAAAGUGAUUAAGAAUGAAACACAGGAAAGACACAUUAGCAGGAAAUUGUCUCUCCUACAUGAUCUCUGUUGUCUUCCUGCCUUCAUUACCAGUGAAAGGAUGAUGAAGAGGAGAAAUCCUGAGCGCCAACAACUCAUCCUUAGAAAACAAAUAGAUAACUUUUGAAAUAGUUAGAUUUAAUGUCUUUAACUGCAAACUCUGCUUCUUCAAAUGUCUGGUAAACUGUAAAUAGAGAAAACAUCUAUUUAUUACUGUAAAAAAGCUUUUUAAUGAAGGACCUUUUUAACCUCUUAUUCUUAUUUUUAAUGUAUGACAUGUAUCAAUGGUGUUAGAGCAUUAUGUUAAUUGUACACUCCCUCUUUACAAUAUUGUGUGCGUCCUAAAAGUGGAACAUACAAAACAAAGACUGAGAGAUGCAAUCAUUAUACGUUUGCACAGGUCUUUGCUUUCUACAGUUGCAUUAUCCACAGAAUUCAUGGUCGUCUUAUUUUCAGAUUUAUCAGUGUUGAAAACAUUCAAAUUGUUUCCCUUUUCACAUGUUAGGGCCAUCCCGUGACUUUACUGUUUGUUCUUGUAAAUAAUAUCUCAACUGUAUUUGGCUUAACAAUGUGAAAAGGAAUAUCAUGUUAUCAUUCAAACAUAUAAUACAAUAAAGGCUACUACCAAUGAUACUGUGGAAAGGCAGAGACUGCUCUAGAUGUGCUUAAGCUCAUGCAGUCAUGUGAUCAGGGAUGAGUCAGAGCAUUAUUAAUUUAUGACUACUCGCUCCGUGAGUCCACUAUCUUUAUUCUGCAUCCCUCAUCCAUUAUAAGUGAUUAGUGAGAAUUCAUCACUUGUUGGCCAUUUUUAGUGCUACACUUGAUUUUGUACAUCAUUCCUAUAUGAUUGGAUUGAAUGUUAAUUUCUAACAAAGCUUGUUUCAAAUUACACAGUUCAGGUAGAAAUCCAUUCAAGACUUCUGCAAAUUAAAUUAUAUUAGAUUUAGCAAUUGCGUUUUUAAAAAAAAAAACUAAAAUAACUAGGCUUUUCAGCCAUUCUGUGAAGUCAUCAAAUUAAGUGUACAUCCAUGCACUUGAUUCUUUAUUUCAUUCAAUAAGACCAAAGUUGCACCCUGUAGCUUUUUUUCAUCUUAUGUGUCAAUCCACUCCAAGUUUGCUCUGGUUUCUAGGCUGUCUGUUAAUUCUUAAUGCAAAUGGAGGAAGGGUGUAAGGAGUGACUUAGUUCCUUACUACUUCUACAAUACAAUACCAUGUCAAAGUGACACUGAUCCUUGCAAAGAAAUUCUCUUUACUUGAACCCCUGUCGAUGAGAUCAAAGUACAGGGCGAGCAGAAUAGUAUUUUUAGAGUUAGUCCGGAUUUGGUAUUGUGAUAAUGGGCAUUUCAGGAGGGAAUGUCUUCCCAGACUUGCAGAUGGAUGGUUUAUCACAGGUCUAAAUAAAUGCAUUUAUUUUCCUCCAUUGUUCAAGCAUCACAGCACAGACAUCUAUAUUUGGAUUUGGAACAUUGGCAUUCAGAUAUUGUUUAGCAACUUACUCAAGCAUGGACAAUACAGCAGUGUUUUUACAGGAAACGAAAGAAAAUGCUAUCACUUAAAUGUCAACAAUUGUUGAGGGCUGAUAAUUCAAACCACAUGUGUAUUCACAUAUCCUGUAUGAUAAUAAAUAAAAGUGUUCCUUUCUCUGUGAGCUACGACUACACUUGCAAAGUCCAACCCAGCCCUGCUGAAAACAAGCCAUUAUACUUGAAUCAUUGUCAUUAUAAUCAUCUUCUAUUAAAGUUCAACUGAUGGGUUUGCAAGGUGGGCCUGCAAGUGCUGCACAAGCUAUGAACAGGGUCUGGAGAGAGAAAAACACAAAUUGUGAAUAUACAUAAUUUUUCAUUAUUUUCAGUAUAAAUGUUAAAGCUCUGAUUAAAUGUCCACCCAUGCCCAUUCUUUACUCGUCUGUUCCCUGCAGUCCGACAUGUCUCUGUUCUUGUGGCGUUUGCAUUUCAUCAGCUUGAAUUUCUCUUUGUUCUGUCUUCAAUAGUGCACUGCCUGUUCCAUUUGUCCACUUCUUUGUCCUACUUUUUCACUUCCUGGUGUCAUUGUAUUCUUGUGUUAUUCCUCCUCUCACUUAAAUAUCAGAUGUCUCUGCUUAUUUUUCAAAAACCUUUUCACUUUUAUUUUCAAAUGACAAAGUCCUCAAUUUGCCUGUCAUGUGUGUCCAUGUUGUAAAUAGAACAGUGUAAACAAAAUACUAAUGCUGAAUAAAAAUUACAUAUUUUGUUUGCAGAGAU